AUAACAGAACAUGUCUGUAGCACGGUACCGCCAGUUCUUGAAACUCUGCGAAGAAUGGCCACGGGACGAAUCAAAGAAAGGCCGUGAUUUAGGAACGUUUCUACGGCAGAGAGUAACCCAUGCUUUUCGUGAAGGUGAAAACACACAGCUCUCUGAUCCAGAGAAGUGUGAUCAAAUAUAUGAAAGCUUGGCCCGAAUCAACACUAAUGUAUACCGAGAAAGAUUCCCCCGCACAAGAGAUACCAGUUUUACAGGUGUCACAGUGGAAGAAUGUAGAAUGCUAUUAGCAACAGGUAACAUGCAGCAGAUGAAUGAGAAGAAGAAGGGCUUGUGGAAAACUCUCAUGGAGCGAUUCGCCACCAAACAAGAUGUCACCCCUGAGAAGGCUCCUGAGAACAAGUAGCACUUCUGUAUGUUUUCUUUCCCCUUCAGACACUUUAGAAAUAACCAAAUAAAUAAGAAUAAUGUUUUAUCUUGUCAUUUUAGCAGGGCCAUUGUAACAUACAGAAUAAAUGACUGAGCACAGAAA